GUUUUUGGCUUUAACUAAUUUUAAACGCUUUUUGAUUAAGUUAAACUGAUCAAGAAAGUGAGAACGCAGUACGUGAAUGUUAUUCCUUUUAAAGUGAAUCAUUUUAUUUUCUGGUUUAUACCAAAUAAGGCGCGAUUUCUCAAUUACCAGGCCGCUUGGGGAGAUCGAGACAGAUGUUCUCUUGUAAAAUACAGUUAGUAUUUCACCAAUACCCUUAUCAAAAAUGUAUCUGUAUGAGCCUCCUUCAAAAUUAAGCUUAACAACUGUCGAAGAGUUUCAAGAAGCAUUCUACUUAUUUGACAACAGAGGUGAUGGCAAGAUUCACGUGGCUCAAAUUGGAGAUGCUCUUAGGGCUCUUGGACAAAAUCCAACUGAAUCAGACGUGAAGAAAUACACACAUCAAUAUAAACCUGAUGAGAGAGUGUCUUUCGAAGUGUUUUUACCCAUCUACCAGCAAAUUUCCAAAACAAGGGCAGCAGAUACUGCAGAAGAUUUCAUUGAAGGUCUUCGUCACUUUGAUAAGGAUGGCAAUGGCUUCAUCAGUGCUGCAGAACUUCGUCAUUUGUUAACAACGCUGGGUGAAAAAUUGACUGAUGAUGAAGUUGGUGAACUUCUUCAAGGACAAGAAGAUUCACAAGGUAACGUAAAUUAUGAAGAAUUUGUGAAAUUAGUGAUGUCAGGCUAAAUUUCUCAUUUUAAAACCUAUAUAAAAUUAUUACAAUUAUUAUCCUUUAAGAUCGGCAGGAACCCGCAAGUUAUAUUUAUUUAUACUGUAAAUUUUAUAGUUAUAUUUUCUUUUUUUAACCUUUUAUAUUGUGCCUUCAUUCCAAUUUUAUAUAAGUUAAAGUAAUAUAUGAUGAAGUUCAUUGUGAGCAUUUA